CGGCCAUUUAUUUUGGGCCUAUUAUUAUAGUUCGAUAGAUAUGAAUUGAUUGAUUGUAUGUAUGGGAAGUUGUGAAAAUUUUGGUUUAAGAUAAGAAUCCCGAUAAGGAAAUAAUGACGACUAGAGGUCUGAUGUGGAAUCUCUAGCGGGACUAUGCCCAAUUAGGAAACGAAGUAAACAAAUCAGGACCUUCAACUCAGUAUCCGAGGUACACAUCUUCAUUAACACACCGUAGCAACAUCAACUAUCUCAUAACUUCUCAUAUCGAAUAGCUACACUGAUAACUCCAUCCCCAGUAAUGGAGCUAUCUAAAACUGUAUAUUUAUAGUCCACAGCUACUCGUCACACCCCUUGCUUUACCGCCUUCACCUUCAUCUUAAUGUUUACAUAACUUGACGUUGCUUCAGUAACUUCAUACUAUCACCGACAACCUCGAGCACAUUUUCAUCAAUAUUCUUUAGCAUGUAAUACCCAAACUCAUAUCGCCAAAUAUCAUUACUUGCUACCCGAGCUUGCUCUCCACAUGUCGCUCAACGAAUUCAAAACCCCAUAUAAGCCAAGGCGUCCACCACCAAGGUCAAGCCAAGUAGGGGAAACACCACAACCAUGGACUGCAGCACGUUGUAAGAGGUUACUCCGGCCAUUGGUAUCACGAAUUUCUUCCUUGAGGAAGGAUGCUGAAAUAUUGCUAUUAAAAGCCAAGGACGAUGAGAUUGAGCAGAAAGCGAAGGUUAGGGAUGAGCAGCAACAAAGUACCAAUCAUGAGUGGUUAGGGCCAAGAAAGAGGAUACGCCUUACUUAUUCUCAAAGACGUACUUCUCGCCGCCAAGACGAGCAACCUACUUUUAGUAAAGAUUCUAGGAAGUCGAACACGGUGGGAUGUCGGCGCCAGAACGAGGGAAGAUCUCUCAUCCCGGGUGAGAUAGUACCAGCGACGCCUUUAUUACGACGAGCACGUGGUCAGGUUAUACCAUCGCCGGCGGUUCACAGCAUUUCAAAAUUGGAGACUGAACAGCCCUUAUCUAGGUGUAGACGAGAUUCUCGUCCGAGAAAGGAUCUAACUAAAAACAAGGAAAUUGAUCAACGUCUUGCCAGAAUAAGGGCCCAGUCAGCAUCAAAUAAGUACAAUGAUUUCGAAGCAAUCUACAGAAGUUUGGAUGCGCUUCUAAAAGCGACCCGCCCCGAUUCUCCGCCAGCGAGAGGGCCGCGGUCUUUUCUGGAUAUGUGCCUACGAAAAGUACCUCAGUAUAUCCAAGACCUUGAAGCGUGGGAAAGGAUAGAAGCUGAGGAGAACGGGACUCUAUCGACUUUCGAAGGUGUCGUCGACGCAUCGACACACAUAUACAACUAUCUGGAGUCGAUCGGGCCAAACGAAGCUCUAGGGUGGAAACACCUGAGGGUUUUAGUUCGAGCGGAUGGACUCGAUGCAAUUAAGCAAGGGAUUUCUGAAGGAUUGUUCGGAGAUGAAUUUUCGGAACUGCUUAUCGAUCUCUGCGCUCGAAACAGCGCAUUUUCAGAAGCCGAAGAGCUCAUCGCGAUCUUAGCUGACCGAGAGUAUUCUCAACCUACAACGCCAGAUAGCUCCUUUUCCGAAAUAAUAUCCCUUCGGCCUCUUUCAGUGUUAUCGAGGUAUACAAACGACCAUAAUCGGAAUACAUUCGCCUUUCGACAGUAUUCGUUGCUAUUGUCAAACGGCAAUCUUCCACCAGAUUGGCUCGCAACCGGAGAAUUCGAGCGGAUAUGGGGAUCAGCUGCCUCUCGCCUAUCAGCAGCGGAGGCAGCUGACGACGCAAUUACCUUCAUAAGCCACUCUAUCUCACUCUUAUGCCGUCGAAAACGUAGCCACGCCAGCGGGCCUGACGCAACUCGCCAAGAAAAUGAUCUCUCAUUAGCAACCAGACAGACACUCACCAGCGCCCUAACGAUGCUGACGGCGAUGAGUUCGCUAGGCGAGAUCGAGCUUCAAUCGCCAUACGUUUCAAACGCCGAGAUUACCAAAAUAGAUCUCAUCGGUAACAGGCUACGCUACAUUCUGCGAUCGUGUCUAGUCGAUCUAGAGUGCUCUUCGUUUCGACCCACACGCCACAGCUUCGGGGCCGAUAUGUUGCAUCUUGCACUAUUCUUAUCCUCAAAACACGCCCGCGGCGACGUAAUCAGUUCUUACGUCAAGACCAGCAUCGAGCGCGCAUGGAAACAAACUAUCGAACCCGGCAGCACCUCCAGCUCCACAAACAGCCGCGCGAAACAUCGCCUCCACGACAUAGCGUCCUUCAUAUCGUCCAUAGCCCGGAGCUGCGGGCGCGGGAUGGAUUCCCCAGCGUCUCAUAACUGUCUAGACGUACUCUUCGAACAACUCUCCAGCCUAGAUCUAGACCAGGCGAUCCUAGAUAGCAUGAAAGCAGUAGCAGCAUUCGCGCUGGCGCAGCAGACCAACAACGUCAAGGAUUACAUCUACGCCGAGAAACUAGCCUCCCACCACCAACAACAACACUCUAUGGCAGGCGAUGCAGUGGGGUGUUCGCGGUCGCUAUUCACCGGAUACCGAUGGGAGGAAACAAUAGGCGAGUGGGUAACAGCCAGCCCCGUCACCAAAAAACAACCACCACCACAACAACAACAGGCCAGUAAACCCCAGACAUUAGCAAAAACACUUCGAUCUUCGUCCAGGUUUGAAGUAGAUCAUAGCAAGGGCACUGCUAGGCAGCUCGGCGAUGGUGAAGCAGAUAGUGUUCCAGAUCUGGAAAUAGAAGAGCAAGACCAGGGUACUCAGAAAAAACCCGAACGAAAAACGACGACCCCUCUCGUUGCACUCGCAACGAGCCGCGUCAACAACACAAAGAAACGUGCGCGCCCUUGCGAUGAGGAAUCACAUAUCGCGGCUACACCACUAUCUGUAUCUACAUCGUCACAUCGAAACAAGCCACUCGGUGUUUCCCAGCCGACGAAGUCCGCGAAUUAUUUAGCACUUGACGACGACGAGCUCAGUUCCGACAAAGAGAACUGGAACCGCGGGGGUACUGCGACCAAGAAACCAAGGAGAAGCGUGGAUAGAAGGGCCGUGCUCGGUCGUGGGCUUAAGCCACGAUUUAGUCUAGCGAGUCAGAAGAGCGCGAUUAGCAUGCUCGGCGACGAUUGUAGUGAUGAUGAGCUCUGCAUGUAAGCCACCGUCGCCUAUCAGGGCGGAGUUCGGCGCCGAACACAAUUUUUUUUUUUUUUUUCGCAAUAAUUAUUGUAUAUACCUAGGUACCUUUUGUACAUAAAUUCUAAUGGAUAAAGAGGAUUGGGAUACCUGACAAUGUGCCUCGUGAAACUCCGG